CAACUAACGAGGUCGGUGGACGCAUGGAGAACAAGAUCCAACUUCAGACCACCACGUCUACUCAUCAAAAGUUGGAGGAGAAGAUGUCGAUGGGGAACGCGGUUGGUCCAGGUGGGAAUGUCCCGCACGAUUUUCGGGGGUCGUCCAUUGCGUCUUUCUGCCGAUUGUUCCAGCAGACUUUUGUUCUGUGACGGAUCAAACAGGGCCUCAUAACUGGUGCGGAGACGGGAAAACAAGCAAAGAAAAAUGGUGUGUUUGCCAAGGCAAGUACGAAGGCUACAUAGAAGCGAAGAACAUGGACGAAAUCCCUAAUGCAGACCUGUCACAGUGCGACACCCAGUCGUGACCGUAAGACGUGCGAAUGAAAUCAACUACUUUUUCGCAUGUUCUUAAGAAAAUGUGAAUGAUGUUGAAAUUAUUCGUCAGCACGAUUUUGAUGUUCAAAUUGCAUAGUUGAUAAUUCUUUCUUGUUACUUACUUAAAAAAUGAUGUAGUACAGUACGACUAUCAUGAGUAUGAUGUGCAUGAAUCGAGAAAGUAUAGCCGUACUAGUAUGAGGUGAAGAUAGAUGUCUCUAGAGUUGUCAUCCUCAAUGAAUGAUCUUCAUGGAACUUCGUAACUACAUUAUUCAAAUGAGAUAGCAAUGGACUUUUCCUCAUAUACUUAGGAUACUAAAUCAAAACAGCAACAGCAUGCAUAAGGAAAAAAUUCGAUCGCGAAUUGAAGACUCUUUUGGUUCGUUAAUGUGGAG